UUACGUCAAGUUAUUAUACCAUCUAAUAUCUUCUCACAGUUCUUAUUGAAAGCUGAAUCUAACACCAAGAAAAAUACAGAAACAUUGGGUAUAUUAUUUGGUAAAUUGUCGAAAAAUUCGUUUACAAUAAGUGACGUGUUUAUUCCAAAACAACAUGGUACCCCAGAUAGCUGUGAUAUGGAAAAUGAAAUGGAUCUAAUUGAUUUUCAAGAUAAAUGUAAUUUAAUAACUUUAGGAUGGAUUCAUACCCAUCCAUCUCAAACAGCGUUUUUAUCCAGUGUUGACAUGCACACUCACUUCCCGUACCAGAAAAUGAUGCCUGAAUCUGUAGCUGUAGUCUGUUCACCUAAAUAUAAAGAAUCAGGUGUAUUUAGAUUAACUAAAAAUGGUUUAAAUGAAAUUGGUUCGUGUACACAGAAAGGUUUUCACUAUCAUCAGAAAGAACCGCCAUUAUUUGAGGUAGGUGUAACAAGAAUAUUUACCAAAAUUGAUAUUAAUGAAAUAGAGCGGUAUUUAUUUGCACCUUGA